GCGGCCCUGGAGGUCGAUGAGCGAGCAGAGUCAGCCCCGCCUAAGCAAUCGUCCCGCAGCGGUCGCCAGCGAGGACGUCGCUCUAAAUUCAUCUGAGCGAUGCUGCGACGCACGAGUUGGAGGGCGCAGAGUGCGGAUGAUUCGCCGCGGACGCGCUGGCGCUGCACAGGAUCGAACGGGCUGGUCAUCGGGGAAGCUGGCCAGGCUCGAACGGGCAUGGCCCUCGAUGGCGCCGUCGUGCCAUUCGCAGUGCGCGACCAGGAAGGGCCAAGGCGGCCAGAGUCAGUCUCACGAGCUCGCGCGGGCGCAGGCUCCAAUCGCGGCAUGGCUGUCUCGGUGUCUGGUGUCUGGUGUCGGGCGGGACUCGACGCCCCCAGCCAGUCCCUCCGGGUGCGUCGCCAGCCCGAGGUCCUCGAUAAUCCCACGCUGCGCCGGCUGCGCCAUACGGAGUCGCUGAAAACUCUACCCUGCCUGCCUGCCUGCCUGCCUGCCUCCAGCCUAUAUCCCAGGCGUGCGCCUCGUGAAGACGCCCAGCUCACUCCACUCCACUCCACGCUCCACGCUGCACCCACUAGAUCUGCGAGGCCCCGGCCGGACUCUCGGUGCCCCCGUCUACAUAUACGGCUUCCAGCACUCCGCCUGCAGCCUUCACGCGCUCCGUAAAAAGUACUCGACCUGUUCAACGACUAAUCUUUUAAUUAUUGCUUGCGAUUUAUUCUUCUGCCAUGGCGCGCACCGUGCAAUGGCAGUAUGAUUCGAGCCACAGCACGACCACGUCUGGCCGCAGCGACCGAAGCGACAGCGGCCGCUCCUACGAAACCGCACCCACCGAAUACAGCACGCAAAGCUCGCGGCCGCCUCUAUCGCGCAACGAGAC